UAUUAGAAAUAAAGAGUAAUUUUAAGUGUAGAGCUGAUGAAUUGUCUCGUGCGAGUUGCUAGCCAGUCUCGGUGGCUCAGCGGAAUUCCUGGGAGUGCUGGGAAGUCCACUAGGAUUCUGGGAUGCCUCGGGAUUCACACAACGAGCUCCCGGCGAGAUCUCAUGGAGUUCUUUGAUGAUAAGAAGAAUUGGGGUGAAAUGGAUGUGAAAUGCGGGCGAGCGUGGACAAAGGAUGAGCUGAGGAUAAAGUCAAAUGCUGACCUCCACAAGCUCUGGUAUGUGCUCCUGAAGGAGCGCAACAUGCUUAUGACGAUGGAGCACGAGUGCAAGGAGGAGGUGGAGCUGUUCCCCAGUCCGGAGCGCGUGGACAAGGUGAAGUUAUCGAUGGAGAACCUGGAAGUGGUUGUCCGGGAGCGCAACAAAGCAUAUCACUUGCUGGAGACUGGCGAGACCGGCGAGCGGCCCUCGGCGGAGAUCACGGACGUGCUGGGGCUGAAGAAGGAGGUGAUGUUGAAAGAGUACGCCACGCCGAAGACGAAGGAGACACUGCCACUUGUGGAGAGAGUGCCGGAGGACACGAGAGACUUCCUGCUGAAGCUCAAAGAGCAGGAAACUAUCGCGAGGACGAAGGAGAGGAACAGGAACCGCAACCACGUGAUGAAAUUGCUGAGGCGCUUCCCCAAUAUGGACAAGAAGAUGCUGGCCGAGAAGUAUCCGGACGUGGACAUCGAUAAACUCCUGGAGAAAGAUCUCUGUCGCGGUCAUUUCGUCCCAAAUUCCAACUGAAUGGAAGCAUUUUGUAUAGAUUCUGAAGCUGAAUAAACGAGGAUUUGAUUAGAAAUUUAUCAUUUUAUUCACUUUUUUUCAUAAUAUUUGCAUUACAACGAUUAAUAUCAUUAUACAAAUAUAUAUAUCGUAAAACAUAAACUAUCCAUAGCAUUUUAUUAUGUUUUUCUUCUUCUCGAAAUCUCAACUCUUUCUCUUGCCUCACAAGAUCUUUUCCCAAUAAAGCCUUUCAAGCGAUGAUUCUUCGCGUUUGUGCUUUUCCACUGGAUUUUUUUCUGUCUCUGAUUUUGUGUAUUUACAUUAAAAAGAGAAUAAAAUGGUUGGCUCCUGAGGAAAGGAAAAAAAAAAUUAAAAAUCACCUCUAUUCUGUGCGUAGAAGAGUUAAAAAUUAGGUGUAUGAAAAAUUGAAAAGAUUAACUUUUAGUUAAUAAUAUUCUCUAUACAAUCCUUGUAAUUAUUCUUCUCUUUUAUCUUCUCUUUUUUUUU